GUUCAUUGACCAUGAACUUGUUUUUGUGUUUGACAACAAGGCAUCUAUUUCCAAAAUAUCUGAAAGUGAUUUAACGAGUAAUGGAUAUAGCCUAGGAAUAUAUAUGCGAUGCGGAGUGAAAACAGCUAGCUCUAUUGCAGGUUUGAAAAGUGAUCUAACAAUUAGUGACGACUUUUUUGCUGGAAUCAAGUCUAGCGACAAAGUAAUUACAAUGAACAGGACACAAAGCUACACAGUUACAUUUACACCUACUGUUCCCUUUGGUUGUUAUGGAGUUGUUGGAGUUGAACAGACUGGCAAAUGUGAUCACAAAGUGCAUAUGAUUAUACUAGAAGAGGAUCAGUGCGUUCUUGAUGAUACAAACACAGGAGGUCGAAAUCCUGUUGCCUAUCAUGACGAAAAACAUGCACUAUGUGGUUUCGAAGUUCAGGGUUGUUACCCUGCGAAUAAUGCAAAUGUACCGGUCCCAUGUGAAGAAACAAUGCAAACUUAUGACAUGACUUUAACAACUCAAAGUUUCGGAAAUGAUUACACAUCAUUCUAUAGCUUCAGACUUGAGACACAGAACGCUGGAACACAUAAGAUUUGGAAGAACUACAUGGUUGAACAAAUUGACAUAAAUAUACAAGAUGAUAUUGAUGCAAGGGAUAAAAUAUGCUACUCCCACGUUGAUCCACAUAUGCAAACAACCAAAGGAAAGGGAUAUGAGAACAAUGAUGAUGAAGGAGAAUUUAUACUUUACUGGAAUAUCGUGUACGAUAUUCAGGUACAAGAAAGAACAACGCUUUGUGAUCAUUUCGGGAGAGCAUUCUGUACCUGUGCUGUUGCUAUAAGGUCUGGUGGUGACAUUUUCCUUAUCAAUCUAUGCAAUGAUCUUAAAUUCAUUGGAAUGACUUCGUGUAAGGACAAUUCUCUUGUGAUUCAAAAAUACAGCGAACUGGAGUACCAGGUACAAACAAACAUAGGCACGCUUGUCAAAAUUCGCAUACGUCCUUAUGAGGAACGCCAUGGUUUGAUCUUUGACGAAUUGAUGAACAUUGACAUAGUUAUGGCCCCAAAAGACUAUGAAUCUAUACGUGGAUUGUGUGGUCUGUUCGACCUUAAUCAUGAUUUUCAUGACAGAAAUGGUAACCCUAUAGGUUAUCAAAAUAGGAAACAAUUCGUCGAAGAGUGGAAGCUGAGAGACUCGGAUAAAAAUUAUUUGACAACAACCUGUAAAGCUGACGUUAAGACAUGGGAAGAAGACAAUCAACGGUUAUUUUGUUACUGUAAUUGCUAUGAUACUAGCUGUGACACAGUGAAAAACGAGGCAAUGUGUUCUCCGUCGCAAUAUCUAAAUUGUACAGUCAGUCGUGAAGCAACUAUGACACUUUGUAAUGAGUUUACAGACCGAUGCAUAACAGAGAAUAGAAAGCGCAGAUCGGCACUUACCUUUGAUCAUGAAAAAGAAAUGCAAAGAAAGGCAAGUCUUUCUCAUCACAAGAAACAGAUCCGUGAAAAGCGUCAAAUAGAAUACAGUAUUUCAAUAGAGAAUUCUACAAUAAUGUGUACAGAGGGAAUAACUGGCACUGCAUCUGUGCAAAAGUAUUCGGAUUUGUUUGGUGGAUACAAUUAUUCAUCGUUCAUUCAGGAAUGCAUAAUAGAUGUUUACAACAGUCAAAGUACUCGAUGGAUAAGUGCCCAUAAAACAGCCGCAAAAGAUGCAGUCCAGAUCGGCUUUAAGAUAAAUUCAAAUUAUACUUUGACGCAUAACGAUGAACUUGUCGAUUUCAAAAUACAAUACUGUCCAUCAAACUGCAGCGGGAAUGGCUAUUGCAGUGAAGAAGGAGUGUGCAAAUGUGAAGCAGGCUAUUUUGGAACUGACUGUGGAAAUGAUAAAACUGAAGCCCCCGGAAUAGACGAUGUUGAAGGCGGAGGAUUUUGUGAUACGCGAUAUGGAAGUGAAUGUAGAUGUUUUGAACUGCAAACAAGGGAACUUGCUGAAGAUUUUCAUUGUAAAAGAGUUCAUAAAAAGGUUCUCAGAAAUGGAACUGUACAAGACCUUGGCACCGAUGUAGUUUCUGGAGCGUUUAAAAAUAUGUUCAUGGGCGAAUGCUGUUUUGAAACUAGACGACGAACACGAUCAUCUGAAACAACAGAUGACAUUAUUUAUUAUCUUUACGAUGCCUCUAUCAGCAAUGAUGGAAUACACUUUGGAGCUACAUCUACAGUUUACAUAUAUGAUUCCACAUGUCUGAAUACAAGACCCGAUGGUAAUGGAAAUGUAACAUUUGAAGUAAAGAGCAACACGUGUAUCAUUAAAGGUCUGUGCUACGAAGAUGACAAUGCGGACAUCGACAAUGCUUGUCUUAAGUGCAAGGCCGCAACAGAUCAGUUUAACUGGACAUAUAGCUGUGCAGAUUCAGACAACGAGAAACAUAUGGAUCGUGACAUUAAUACUAUAGCCAUAUCGGUGCCAUUAUCGUUGGUUGGUGGAGUUCUAUUGGUGUUUAUCGGCUAUCUGACUGUCAAGAAACUGAACAGCCAUUGCGCACUGUGUCCACAACGCCAGGAUUUACGAAUGCAAUGGUGA